GACCCCAUUCACCAGCCCGUGUUGGCCGCCUCCACGUCGCGGGAAGGGGGGAGGGAAUGUGUGCAUUCUGGCGUUCUGCAACGACGUUGUUGUGGGACGUCGUGACAUACGACAAGCCAGGUGGAUUAGAGAGUGCAUCGCCAGAGUUUAACCAAGGAUUACCUCCGAUUUUGGCCAGCUGACAAUAUUUCUUGACUCGUCGCUACGGCAUCUGUGGGAACUAGCUGUUGGAUUCCUUCUGUUGCCGGUAGCCACUUACAGCUUCAAGAAGACUGAAGACCGAAAUGAAGAGACACAAGACCAGAGUCUGAUUGGCUGAAACUAUGGAAUCAAAGGAAAAAGAUAAUCUGCCCCCCAAUGGGGUGUUGACCUUCACCUUGUUUGUUAUACUCCCCACGGAGGACGUCUGUUCGCUCCGGAAUCUUGCGUCAGGCGUCACCGUACGUGAGUUAAGAUCUCGUCUGGAGUUGAUGGCGGGAAUUCCCGCGCAGAUAUAUCGCCUGGUAUGUUCCGAUGACGUCGCACUGCACGAGGAACACCGACUAGUGCUGGACAAGAAUGUAUGGGACGGGUUCAUUGUUCGUAUCCAGCUGCAUGAAAGUUGGCUGCGACUUUUCAAGGCUGUUCUGGCAGACGACGUUGAUCACGUGAUACAUCAUGGCGCCGUAAACUUUCAGAAUCAGAAGGUCGCCAGCCCUGGCGAGGAAGGCAAAUUCAAGGACAUCAUGCAGGAACGAGGCUUUGUGUCUUUAUUCAUCGCGAGCUACUAUGGUCAUCUGAAGAUGUGCCAGACGCUGCUCUCUCUGGGUGUCAGUGUGAACGGAAGGACGCCAUUUAAACGGACGCCAUUGCAUGCCGCGGUCAGCCGGGACCAAGACCAUGUCAUGGACGUCUUGAUCCAACAUGGCGGAUCUGUUGACGUCAAAGACGCGGUGGGAGAUACUGUUGAAAUUGUUGCAAGAAAAUGUUUCGCUAAACAGUGUGUCAGGAAGUUAAGAGUUCUGAAGUUACAAGGCUCUGUUACCAAUGGGUAUGUUUCGUUGAAUGGACAAAAUUCAAACAGGAAAAUAAAACCAUUAAUCCCCAGUCCUCCGGCUCAACAACCGCCAUCUAGGCCAACAACAAGCAACAACAGAUCGAGGCUCAUUAAACGUCAUACUGUGCCGUCAGUGAAUUCGAAAUCUGAGCCGCUUCCGGUUGGAAGUGAAGAGGAAGUGACGUCAUCGCAUCAACAUUUCAUGUGGGAUACCGAUACUCGUGAAGCUCGGAGUUCUAGUGCUUCAAGGUACCGUUUAGGGACCCCAGGCAAUAAUCACGUGAUGCCGAGAAUUGGAACGGCUAGUUCUAAAUAUAGUGUGUCGUGGGAUGACUCGACUCCCCGCACCCCAGGGCGCCACACCCCAAACAGACAUGGAUCGCUUCCUCACAAACAGUCCAUACUCAAAAACAAGGGAGAGAACUUUGCCACCGUUCCCCCACGAAAGUCAGGAAGCAGGGGAGUUUCGGGUUCGAUACAUGUGCCAUCCCCUCCCCGUGCCCCCAGUGAACAUGGUAGUCAGAUUUCGAUUGCGUCGGCGCCGGGGAUGGGUCAAGACCUUUCCGGGAACAAUUCGGAUGCACGGAGCGUGGAGAGCGCACCUGAGCUGCAGAAUGAAAGUCAGGGUGCGGAUAGCAGUUGUAAAGACUCCUCCAAAAGACCAAGAACGAGGUUGUUGGUUUCCCGAACUCGGACAAACGAGUCCUGGAGGACGAUGAAGCGUCGAAUACAAAUGGCUGAGUCUAAGAAAAAGAUGGCGGUUGAUGACAAGCUGAAGAAGAAGGAAACAUUUGACGAGUGGCUAAACCGGAAGCGGAAACAAGAGAAGCGUGACAGCCGUGAGUCCGACUCCGAGGACAGUGUUGACAGUGACAACGAGGGAGGUAACUCUCAAGCCUUCAACACCUGGUUGAAAGAGCAACGAGAGCGGCAGAUUACCCGGCCUCAAACGGUAACUGUGGCUGAUCUGUACAGACGACGGACUCGCCCUCUGAAAGGACUGGUGGCCGUUACUGACCACAUCGACGUUACGCUAAACCACAACGACAACAUGGUGGCGCAUAGGAACUGGCGUGAGAGGAAAUGUGGCGGAGGAGAAGUAGAGCAGACGACAGGGUUGGAUGAGGAGAAGAAAAAGGUUGAGGAGAAGAGGCAGAGCUUACUGGCAAGAGCUGUGUCGUAUGACGAGUGGAUGGUGCACACGGAAGAGAGGAAGCGGUUGAUGCAGAGGAUACUGAACGCAAACAUGACGGAGCUGCAGAAGAUCGAGGAAGAAAGGCUGAAGAAGAGGGUGUCACGGCAGGUGUCGUAUGGCCAAUGGCGGGAGAAGGUGGAGAAAAGGAAACAAUGGACAGCACUGCGCAGGGAACGACAGCGCAUCAAACAGGAAGAGGAAGAAAAACGUCGAGGCGAUUUCCGCAGCAGCGCGAGUGUUCCUCAUGAUAUCUGGAUGAAGAAAAAGGAGGAAGAGAAUAAGAUGAGGACGGAGAAGGAAAAGGAAAACGUGAGAAAGGUCAAGGCCAGACCAAAUGAGGAUAAAUCUGCUGCGUUUGACCGAUGGUUGGAGAGAAAGCACAAACAGGAUAUGGCAGAGAUUCAAACGCAGAUUAAACGGGAGAGAGAUAUGAUCAAAGUCCUAAGAGACAGGCGAUUGGCUUCCGUCUCCACUUGUUGAUACAGGGUAGGUACAUAUGGAUGAAGAUCUGAUCUUCAUCUCUUAAUGUGUUGAUAUGACCAAGGCAAUUGGUGGAUGUCGAUACAACGAGGUACAUCAUACCUGCAGAAUAACUCGACACCUCCAAACCUUUGAAUACAGUGUAGGAUAGAACUGAAGGAAAGCACAUGGGAAGACUAACGCCUCACCAGGUUUGCGGGGGUAAAUCUGAAUCCUGGAUGAAGACUGAACUCCAAAUGAAGAUCAGGAACUACACUUAUGGUUACUUCAGACGAACUUCGAGAUAGGAAAGCGACUUGAUACUCAGGAAUGCGAAUGGUAGAACUAGAACACAUUCAAACUACCUUUCACUAUAUGCACGUUUCAGAAUGCUGGAUAUUGCGUUCCUGUCUGUUAUCAGGUGACGAAGAAUGCAAUCCUCUUCGAGCACAUCAUGGUGUCUUCGCGACAAGUGUAUAUCCUCCGAUUAACAACUUAUUAUUCAAGGAGAAUGGCGCUCAGAGUUGCUCAUGCAGGGUGCACAAAGCGAUCUUAUCGCUAAGGUGAUCGUAACUCCCAUACAGACUUUCGGCUGGAGUAGCGCUAAGGCUUCUUUGUACAACGGCACCCAGUGCGCCUUCGUAAUGGAGGCCGUGUUGGAGGGAGAGUGUGUCGUGUGUCAUGUGACUUGCACGACACGUGGACGAUGUAGCAAUCGGAAUAUAUCAUUUGUAGUAAAGGCACCAUUAAAUACCAAAAGACUUGUUGACACUCACUAUUGGGAUGUCUACGUAUACUUCUAUGCAAGGAAACAUUUAUCUGUGUAUGGUUUAACGGGGUUUCACGGAACCUGUGUUCGGAUCUAGAUGGGACACGUGACCAGAGGAUCCAGGAAGAUCCAGUGUUGGAGUGUGAGUGUACGAACAGUGUACAUUAUCAACAUGCAUCUUAGUGCCAUUUGACUUCAUUUGGAUGGAUUUAUUCACAAAGAACAGAAUUAUUCACAAGAACUUUCUAUACUUAUCGGACAACCUCGCUCAUGAUUAUGAUUAUGUCCCAAUACUACUUAAUUCCAUGAAAACCUCAAAGUCCGGGAGAAAUUAGAAUAUGAACUGUCGGGCAAAAAAGGCAUACACUUGAAAAUUUGAUUUGAAACAUUCCAAACAUUAUCAAAAUGUUACUGGGCUGAUAACAGUCGACGAAAGAUUCGUAAAUACAUCUCUGAUACCCGUAGCAAAUAUGUCACCAUCGAAUAACUGUUUCUUUACUUCUUUCAUUUUACCUACCGUGAGUCAUGGGUGUAUUAUAUGUUUUGACCGGCACUUUAACUUGACUAAACCGUUGUUCGAAACACACUGAGUGUUCCGAAUACAUUCGAAUGUAUGUCGAGUUACCCGUGGUGUGUCGGACAUCAGUGCCUAUACAGUGAUUUUAAAGUGACCAUUAGGUUCUUACAGGUCACUUCGAGAUAUCGGAGUUCGAAUUAACGAGUUAUAUAUUAUUUUUAAUGCCGAAACAUUUGAUCACUUGUUCGUCGGGAUGCCUCGCCCACAUCGCUGUCCAAAACAUAUACAGUUGGCAGAACCGAUGGACGGGCAGGAAGUGCUCACCCCUAUCCUCCUUUUAGACUCUUUACUAGACUAGACUCUCAAUGUGUUUUGAUCACUUCAUAGUGCGUCCCCUCUCCUGUACAAUCUCCACCUCUGCAUGCACUUUUGUUCUUAGAAAAUGAGAAAUUAAUUCAACAUCACGCACAGCUUGCACUGCCUGCUGAAUUCACGAUCGUUGACAGGAACGGGGAAGGGGAAACCGACGCAUUAGGCAUCAGUAUUCCUGGAAUAAGUUUACUUUGUCUAGUUUUAUUUUCAACUGUUACGAAUUCACACUUGACCUUCUUCGCAACUAUUUGUUCAAAUGCAUGAUUUUAUGUGCGCUUCUCUCACUACCACAUCGUAUUUCCCUGAAACCACAAUUUGCGUCGACGUCUUUGUUUACCCCUGGCAGUGUUCAGUGUGCAGCAGCCAUGGCUCUGUUGCUUGGUACUUAUUCUGCAUAAGAAAUGCAGUUACCGUGACGAUACUUUACCCAUUUGUAAAACUGCACAUAAGCCGUAUGAUAUGAAAUACAUCUUUAGAAAAC